AUGGCGACGCAGCAGAUCGUCCUCCUCCUCUUACUCCUCGCGGCACCUCAUGGCCUCGCCGUGGCCGUCAGCCCUACACCCAUCAUCAACACCACAUGCGCUGCGCUCGCCCACAGCCCCAACUUCACAUUGCACGUCGAGUACGAAUUCUGCGUGCGCUCGCUUUCAGCCGACCCGGUGGCCUCUUCCGCCACGGACGCCCGCGGGCUAGCGGCGGCCGCGGCAAGCCUUACCGUUGCCAACAUAACGUCCACGGAGCUCAUCAUUGCCGACCUCGUCAAAAAUCUGGUCAGUUGUCUCUCCGACUACAAAGAGCUUAACGACAUGGUGCGGCGCGGGCUCCACGACAUCCGCGGCGGGCGCGCCGCCGAUGCUUCCAAGAAGUUUUUAGAUGCGGCAGAGUCUGACGUUCCGUCUUUGUGCGACCUCAUCUUGAUAGAGGGAGUCGCCAAGAGGAACCCCAUAGAUCAGGAGAACCAGAACGCCUACUUCUUGUCCGUCAUGGCCUCCGAUAUUACUCAGCUGAUGCUGGAUUCUCAUGCAGGAUCACCAAAAGAUCCUAGCUGA